AUGGCUGAAAACAAUGCAGGGCCUGAUCAGAGGAUCGUCUUGGUGGGCAAAGCCGGAAGCGGGAAAAGAGCGACGGGAAACACCAUCCUGGGGCGCAAAGUCUUUAAGUCUGGUUCAGCAACGAUGACUUGGCAAAAGGAGGUAGUGUGGAACGACAGGAAGGUUGUGGUGGUCAAUUCACCAGGCGUUUUCAACACUCGGGUCCCGGUGUGUCAAGCUGUGGAAGAAGUAAAAAAAUCGAUCAAGUGCUGCCCCCCAGGUCCCCACGCCAUUCUGUGGGUCCUGCGUCCUGGCCGUUUCACCCAGGGGGAGAAGGACGAGAAUCGGCUGAUCCAAGAGAUGUUCAGUCACAAAGGCAAGAAUUAUAUGAUCGUUGUGUUCGCCUGCAAGGAUCGCCUGGAAUACACGACUCUGGAGGAAUCCAUUGCCCAGGGAGACGUCUCGCUUCGGGAACUGGUGGCCUAUUGUGAGAACCGCUACCUGGCCUUCGACAACAAG